UAUCACCUCUCGCUUGACUCGCUCAUCACUCCAGGCCAACCUCUCGUAAACAUGGCUAGUGUUGUGGGUGCCAAAGUGCUUUCUUCGGGCACUUUCGGCAAUGUUUGCCGCGUACUUGCUGUGCGCUCCCAGAGCACAGCAGCUGCUGCUGAACCACAACAAGUGCCAGAGAAGAGGUUAAAGAAAUUUUCUGUCUAUCGCUGGGAUCCUGAGAAGCAGGGAGACAAACCCCAUAUGCAAACAUAUGAGGUGGACCUGAAUACGUGUGGUCCUAUGGUUCUUGAUGCUUUACUGAAAGUCAAGAAUGAAAUUGAUCCUUCCCUGACCUUCAGAAGGUCAUGCCGAGAAGGUAUCUGUGGGUCAUGCUCCAUGAACAUUGGUGGAGUCAAUACUCUGGCAUGCAUCAGCAAGAUUGACACAAACCUGAACAAAGUGACAAAGGUCUAUCCUUUACCUCAUAUGUAUGUGAUUAAGGAUCUGGUCCCUGACAUGAAUAACUUUUAUGAGCAAUAUCGUUCCAUCCAACCAUGGUUGCAACGAGAUGAUGGCCUCAAACCUGGUGACAAGCAGUACUUACAGUCUGUUGAUGAUCGUAAGAAACUAGAUGGUCUGUAUGAGUGCAUCCUCUGUGCCUGUUGCUCUACAUCUUGUCCCUCUUACUGGUGGAAUGGAGACAAGUACUUGGGACCCGCUGUCCUUAUGCAGGCUUACCGCUGGAUAAUUGAUUCCCGUGAUGACAAAUCAGAAGACCGACUGAAAAGACUACGUGACCCCUUCUCCGUUUACCGCUGUCAUACCAUCAUGAACUGUACGAAGACCUGUCCCAAGGGACUCAAUCCUGGACGUGCAAUUGCUGAAGUGAAGAAGCUCCUGUCUGGAAUAGCUAAGAAAGGAGAGCCAGGACUAAACCCAAUGGGUGCCAAUUAAGUCUUAAUAUGAAACAAAUAGUUGUCCUUGCUGUAGUAAAUGAAUUCAGUGAGAGGAUAGAAAAUAUUUCUGCAACUGUACAAUUAUAAAUUUGAAGCAUUUACAUUGUUUAGUGUUUAAACAGAGAUGAUAUGAACAAUGAAGAUAUUUUACAGGUUUUAAAAUUUUUUAAUUUUUUCAAGCCAAACUAGGGCAUGAACCAUCUUGGAAGAUAUUUUGUGAAGACCUUUGUAUAUAGCUUUUUCUCCUGGAUAUAUUUUGAUGAGAGAAGUGUCCGAACAGGAAUGGCAUUGGUAUUUCAUGGUUAUUUUGGUAAUUUAAAUGGAGUAAAAAAAAGUAAAAUUGGGCCGAUUUUAAUUUUGUAAGUUAACUACGGACUGUAUUUGAGCAAUUGACCAAAUGUUUAUGCCUUCAAAAAAGCACACAUUAAAUGAUCUCAGGAGAUCCUAUCAUAUGUAAAUGUGUAUAUUAAGUUACAAUUAUUGAUAAUUUAAUGCAUAUAUAUAUUUGUAGAAUUGUAACUUAAUAAAUAUUAUUGUAAAUACAGUA